GCUUGGGUAGAUGGUGCAGACGCGUUGUGUACUCAAGAGUGCAGAGAUAACAAGUUGUUGGCUUUCCCACAGCGCCUCAGCGAUAAUAAACUCGGGACAACGCUGUGGCCGGCCUGCUCAGUCGUGCAGCCACCUAAACAGCGAGCCUUGUCAUUGCUAGCCUCAGAGUCGUCCUUAGUUCGGCUCAUCAAGUACCGCCUCGUCCCCGAACCGUGUCAUAUAAGACAGACCUCACCACCCAUCUGAACCUCACUUCCUCCCACCUCCAAGAUCGGCUUGCAAAAUGUCCACCUUUGGCUCUCUGUUUCGCGUAACUACCUACGGCGAAAGCCACUGUGCUUCCGUCGGUGCUAUCAUCGACGGUUGCCCUCCGGGCCUUGAACUGUCCGCUGCUGAUGUCCAAGUGCAGCUCAGCAGGAGACGGCCAGGACAGAGUAAUCUGACCACUCCGCGGGAUGAGAAAGAUUUGGUCUACAUCCAAUCUGGAAUCGAGCAAGGAGUUACUCUCGGAACACCCAUCGGUCUCCUUGUCAAGAACGAAGAUCAACGGCCGAAAGACUAUUCCGAGACAGAUCUGUACCCCCGGCCCAGCCACGCCGAUUACACCUACCUCACAAAGUAUGGCAUCAAAGCUAGCAGUGGUGGUGGCCGGAGCAGCGCGCGAGAGACGAUUGGCCGAGUUGCUGCUGGUGCCAUUGCCGAAAGGUACCUCAAACAAGUUUAUGGCAUCGAGAUCGUCGCAUUCGUAUCAUCAGUCGGCAAGAUUCAUCUCCCAGCUCAUGUGGCCACGCCCUCUACCGCACCGAACGGCAAUCAGGACAGCGACGAGGCAGAAGACGCUCUCACACCAGAAUUCCGCCACCUUUUGGCCACUAUCACACGAGAGGAGGUGGACAAACACCCUACGCGGUGUCCACACCUUGAAACGGCAGAACUCAUGACCAAGCGCAUCAUCCGCGCAAAAGAAGCAAGUGAUUCCAUCGGCGGUACCGUCACUUGUGUGAUCAGAAACGUCCCUGCGGGUCUGGGAGAGCCCGUCUUCGACAAAUUUGAGGCUAAACUGGCACACGCGAUGCUCUCUAUCCCCGCAACCAAGGCAUUUGAGGUCGGAUCGGGCUUCAAAGGCACCGAAGUUCCUGGAAGUAAGCACAACGAUCCCUUCGUGCUCAAGGAUGGUAAACUCGGUACCUCGACUAAUUGGAGCGGCGGUAUCCAAGGAGGCAUUACCAACGGAGAAGACAUUUUCUUCCGAAUCGGCUUCAAGUCGCCUGCCACGAUAUCGCAACCCCAGUACACGGCCCAGUACGAUGGUACGCCUGGAACGCUCGCGGCAAGAGGCCGUCAUGAUCCCUGUGUCGUCCCUCGUGCCGUGCCUAUUGUGGAAGCGAUGGCAGCCAUCGUGGUCAUGGACCAGCUCCUCAUACAGAACGCGCGUAAGACCGCGGCAAGUCUCCUUCCGCCCAUUACAACCCUCCCUCCUACCAUGGUGAUGCCCUCGAAGGGAAAGGAGGUCCCUCAGUAAAUACCCUACGUAUCUAAAGAUAGUGUAUCUUUCAACAAGACCCACUGAGGCGUUAACAUAGAUCGUGUACGCAUUCGUGUACUA